AUGCGAAGGGGCCGCAGGGGCGGCCGCCGGCAUCGCGGACGAGAUUGGACAGCUACGCGCAAACCUGGCGAGCGCAGCGGCCAGGGACCCGAGGACCGCAGGGCACGGUCCCGGGAGCGCGGGGACUGCUCUGGCGGCCACUGGGCCAGGGACCCCCAGCUCCAGGCUGCGAAGGUGGGCGCGCAGAAGCGGGUGGUCGCCGCGCUGCAGCAUUAUGGGGACGCCCGGCGGGCGCUGCGCGAGCAGGUGCCGUGCGACCCCACCCCGGAUGCCGCAUACCGUGCGACCGCCUCCGCGCUCGCCGAGGCGAGCACCCAAUGCUGGCGGAGGAGCUCGCCGCGGAGCGCGGGCGGGGCCGCUCGGCCGCCGAGGGCCUUCGGGAGGAGGCGCGCCCAGCGCGAGCGCGAGCGCGCCGUCGCCGCGCGCCUCCGGGAGGAGAGCUCGAUGCCGACCGGGCCAACGCGCAGGAUGCUUUCGAUCGGCUCCGCGAGGAGCUCGGCGCGAGCCGGCGGGAGCUGGGCGCGGAGCGGCAGGGCGGGCGCGAGACCGCGGAGCGCCUGCGGGAGGAGCUGGCCUCCGCCAGGGCGUCGUCCAGCCGCCGCCAGCACGCCGCCGCGGAGGCCGCGGAGGCUUCGGCGUCGGAGGCGGAGCUGCUGCGGAGCAGGCUGGAGGUCGCGGGCGGCGGC